UCGAUACAUAUCACUCAAGGAAGGCUUCCACCACGGCAACACUGGAAAUAGUGGAAUGGAAAUUAGAAUCAUAAAAUUUAACUCCUUGACGUAAAUAGUUGUAUUAAUUAUUUUCGUAUAUUUUAGGUUGUAUUUACCCAGCAGAUUUGUGAGACAAACAAUUUAUUGUGGUAUCUACCAAGUGAACACUAUAGCAGAUUGUUAAGUUGUUAUAAUAAUAAUAAUAGAAUGUGAGGAAUGGUGAUAGUAUCAAACUAACAUCGAAAAUUGUCAGGUUAUGUGAUCAGGUAUGUAGAUGUUGACACGGUUACCAAAAAAAAACAAAAAGGGCGUAGCAAUCCACAUUCCACUCCCUCGAAAUUGAAGAACACUUCUUAUAAUGUUCCUGAAGAAAAAGAAGAAACCCCAGAUAUCACCUCCUACAAAUUUUGAACACAGGGUGCAUACAGGCUUCGAUAAACGUGAGGGCAAAUAUGUAGGCCUGCCGCUUCAAUGGGCCUCUAUUGUAGGCAAUAAUCAAAUAUUGAAAUCAACUAACCGACCUCUACCUUUAGUUGAUCCAUCAGAGAUUACACCUACUGAAAUAUUAGAUUUAAAAACGAUUGUGAGGGGUGAACAUAGAUUGAGCCAAUCACACAAACUAAGUAAUAUAAACAUUCCAAAUGGAAUUGUUCUUCCUAAGACUUCAAAUGUUGCAAGAUCUAAUAGUUUGCGCUCAUCUAGCCCUCCUAGAUUGAGAAGAGACCAUAGAAAUAAUGCUAAUGUACCUCCAGCAGUUCCCGAAGAACAAAUUCUUCAGUAUCCAAGCAUGAGAAGAGAUCCUAGUGUUAGUAAACCACAAGUACAAGAAAAUUCAAACUCUCCCAAUGAAAAAUACCCAAUUAAUCAAGAAGUACCUAUAAAUAUUCAUAUCAAUGGCAAUAUACCAGAGCAAUAUGCAAAUCAUGGAAGAGAUCAUAUGCAGGUAUCACCUGCAGGUAGUAUGGCAUCUGGGGGCCCUCCACAACUACCGAUUCAUAAUCAAAUGGGUACACAUCAUUCUCAUUCAAGUCAUGGUAGUCACAGUAGUGGCUCUCAUUCCAGUUUACCCCACUCCUAUCCUCUGAGACCAGACCAAAAUCAAAAUGUGAAAAAUGGUAGUCAUUUUCCAAAUAAUGCACCUCCUCCACCUGUAAUUACUCAAUCCACAGCUAAUAAACACCAUGAACAACGAUUAACACAUGAACAGUUCCGAGCAGCAUUACAAAUGGUAGUAUCCUCCAAAGAUCCAAGGGAAAACUUAGAACAGUUUGUUAAAAUUGGAGAAGGGUCCACUGGUACUGUAUGCAUUGCUCGUGAUAGAAAUACGGGGAGACAGGUGGCAGUUAAAAAAAUGGAUCUUAGAAAACAGCAAAGACGAGAGUUAUUGUUUAAUGAGGUUGUAAUUAUGAGAGAUUACCAUCACCCUAAUAUUGUAGAAAUGUUUGAUAGCUAUCUUGUUGAUGAUGAACUGUGGGUUGUUAUGGAAUUUUUAGAAGGUGGAGCUUUAACUGACAUAGUUACACAUUCUCGGAUGGAUGAAGAGCAGAUUGCUACUGUAUGCAAGCAAUGCCUUAAGGCUUUGGCUUAUUUACAUUCGCAAGGUGUUAUUCACAGAGAUAUCAAAUCUGACUCCAUUCUCUUGGCUCCCGAUGGAAGAGUUAAACUGUCCGAUUUCGGAUUUUGUGCACAGGUUUCUCAAGAGCUUCCAAAAAGAAAAUCUUUGGUAGGAACACCAUAUUGGAUGUCUCCAGAGGUGAUAUCUCGGCUUCCUUAUGGUCCAGAAGUUGAUAUUUGGUCACUUGGCAUUAUGGUUAUAGAAAUGGUUGAUGGUGAGCCACCAUUCUUCAACGAACCUCCUCUUCAAGCUAUGAGGAGAAUAAGAGAACUUCCACCACCAAAAUUAAAGAACACUCACAAAGUUUCUCCUCGACUUCAAACAUUUUUGGAUAGAAUGUUAGUUAGGGAUCCUACUCAACGUGCUUCAGCCCAAGAAUUGCUCUCUCAUCCUUUCUUGAGACAAGCAGGGCCUCCUGCCCUUCUAGUGCCUCUCAUGAGAGGGGUGAAACAUUCAAAUUAUUGAACAAUAUAGGUUUCAAAGGUUUGUACUGAUUUCACUUCUGUAAAGGUUGAAAAUGAUUACCAAAGUAUUUUGAUACUAAGAUCUGAUUUGGUCUUGUGACGAAAGGUUUUAUAGGAGUUCUCUCAAAAACAUAGUUGUUUUAAAGAUAAUAUGAGAGUUAUUCCACCUUUUUAUCCACAAAAGUAUGCAGCUUAUUUAUGAAACUUAUAGAUCAAAUAUGAAUUCAGUAAUUUAUUAAUUUAUGCUUAUUGUAAUUAUAACAUGACACCUCCUUUAGUACUUUUUGUAGCUUAUCUUAUUACUUCCUUAUGAAGUUUAGACAACUUUUUAUUUGACAUCGAAUAUAUAUGUACAGUUGUUGGACUUCAUUUAAACUAUUGGAGACGAUUGCUGAAGUUGAGUGACACGUUUAACUAUGAAAAUAUUGUAAUUCCUUUUGUUUUGGAAUAAUAUUGACUUUGUUUACAUUUAUAAUGAAUAUAUGAAUAAUUUUUAAUUAUAUUCAUUGCAAAGUUUGUAACCAUUUCCAAGUUACAGUAUCUGAAAUCACCAUGAAAGUUUGAUUGAAUAUUGACAUUAUAUUGCAGUAUUAUUUCUCAAAAUAUUGCGGUCCACUAAUGUGCCUUUAGUUUUCAAGAAAUAUUUCAAAAAUUUCCAUGAAAGAUUGAGCAUUGAAAUUAUCUUGCAGUAUUAUUUCUUAAAUUAUUGCCGUCCACUAAAGUGCCUUUAGUUCUAGAGUAAUAUUUGAAUUGGGGAUUCUCUAUUGAAUUAUGCAACAAAGACUAUUCAUUACAAUUAUGACGAAAGUCUUGUUAUUAUUUGAAUUGGUUUUGAAUUGAGGGUUAAUUUUAUUUUUAUGAGAGCAUCAAUAAUAAUUUUUCCAAUGUCUCAUAUGUUCAAACCAUUCAGUGAGAAUUUUCGAGUGCCAAAAUUCUAAAAUUUUGUGUAUUCCAUUGAGCACUUAAGAAGCACCCAUUGUGAAUUUCGUAUACAAUUAUAUAUUUAUAUUAAUUUUGAUAGAAUUGAUAAUUUACUGUUCAAAUAGUAAAAAUUGUAUAAUAUAUUCUUGUUGAAAUGCAGCUAAUAUGCAGCCUUGUAUGUAAUUGUUAUCCAAUUAAGAUUGCACUUUAUAUAAAAGUGUUAUUAUACACUCAUAUUUUUAUUA